AUGGAUGCUGCUGCCGCAGGGGAAGUGCACGUCGCAGCCGGCGCCGUUCCCCCUCCACCGCAUUUGCCAUCGAAGGGGCGGAGGCAGUGCCCCAUAUGCAAAGCGAACCCUUUGACUAGCCAGCACAAACAGGAUUGCGGUCGCACGGAGACGACGCACGGCGAGAACGUAUUCGUGAGCUAUUUCGACAGGAAAAAACUAGGGCGAGCGUUCACGAAGAUAGGACUGGAGGCCAGGGAGGCCAUGUCUGACCAGCCCAAUCAGCCGACGAUGAAAUCCGUUCACUACGGGUGGAACACUGACCUGAAGAGCCUGAACCCUGGCACCGCCGAUAUCGGCGAGGCAGCGUACGAUCUCAUGCGCAAGAUGAUCAUGUCCAGCUCCUUGUUGUGGACCAUGACAUUGCACGGUGGGGGGGUUGCACAUUGUGUGUACGACGACUUGCGCGACGUUAAGGACAACUUGCGCAAGGACUGCACCGUGCAGGUCAUCAUGUCACGAGACCGCGAGGACGAGGUGUUCCCGGCCCACAGCCCGCCGAAGCAGGUGGCCGCAUUGGUUGGCAAGGAUGGCUGCGACAAGACCUGCGAGAUCUGCAAGAAUGACGGCUGCCCCAAUUGUCCGCAUUGCUGCCUCACCUUUCUCUCGUCGGCGAAAGGGCUGAGCAUCGUGGCAGGCAGCCAGGGCGCGCAUUGCCCCCGCAAGGACGUAUGCUACGCCAUCAUCGGUGACGUGGUCGUGCCGAUGAAGGUUGGAUUCAUCGCGAGCUUCGACCACAGCAAGGUGCCUUUCGGGGUGUGGAAGCCCGCUGGCGGGUGGCCGAUGUUCGACCUACUCGAAGUGGUGCUGUCCAGCAAGAGCUUGGAUUACCAGGUGCCGCGGCCCCCCGCCCAGAAGAUGUCGCGCGUCAUCCUGGAUGGCGACUCCGAGGAGGGGGCCGCCAGCGACGGAGAGAGCUCAUUCUACGAGGACACGUCGGAGUGA